GGUGCGUCCGUGACGUCAUAAAGGGGGCACCAGCGAGUUUUGCCAAAGAAACGCUUGUGGAUCCAUAGUGAAAGACUGGGACACACAGAGCAAAUGCAGUCUAUAACAUCACAUCAGCGCUAUCUCCACGGUGGCUCCCGGUGACACCAUGGCGGCUCCAGGGAAUGCAUGAGGAGCAUGACAGAUAACUGCGUGAAAAGCAUGGAGGGUUCAGGACAACCUGGAGCCAUAGACGCCUCUCACAGGCAAUGCCCAACUGCCCCACUCUAAGCAAUGGCCUGGCAUAGCACAUCCCCAUUCAGAUAUGGCUUUGACCUGGGUGGACAUUACCAGGAUAUGCGUCCUCUGGGCACUGGAGGAUCAGGUUUGGUUCUCUCUGCUUUGGACAGGCGCAGCGGCUUGCGCGUGGCGGUAAAAAAGCUGGUUAUGAAAGAUGCAGUUAGCGUAAAGCACGCUCUUAGAGAGGUGAAGAUCACCCGGCGCCUUCAGCAUGAGAACGUGGUCAGGGUGUACGAUGUUUUGGGGCCGUCCGGAAACCCCUUGCAAUGCGACCUGUCCCGCAUGCCGGUGAUGUACAUCGUGCAAGAGUGCAUGGAAACCGAUCUGGCUCGGUUACUGGAGCAAGGGCCGUUGCCAGCAGAACACGCCACCCUGCUCUUUUAUCAGCUUCUUCGCGGGCUCAAGUUCAUUCAUUCGGCCAACGUGCUGCACCGUGACCUGAAACCAGCGAACAUCUUUAUCAACACUGAGCAACUGCUGCUUAAGAUUGGUGACUUUGGCCUUGCUCGCAUCGUCGACCCACAUUAUUCACACAAGGGAUACCUGUCAGAGGGAAUGGUAACUAAAUGGUAUCGUUCACCACGACUGCUGCUCUCUCCAAACAACUACACAAAAGCUAUCGACAUGUGGGCCGCAGGCUGCAUUCUAGCUGAGAUGCUGUCAGGACGCAUGCUGUUUGCAGGGGCUCAUGAGCUGGAGCAGAUGCAGCUGAUUUUGGAUACUGUGCCUGUGAUCAGAGAAGAGGACCGACAGGAACUACUGAAGGUCAUGCCAUCUUUGGUCAGCCAUGGCUGGGAGGUCAGGAGGUCACUCCGGGAUCUGCUGUCAGAUGUGGAGGAGAAAGCCAUUCAUUUUCUGGAGUGCAUCCUGACCUUUAAUCCCAUGGACCGUCUGACAGCCGAAGCAGCUCUGUCUCAUCCAUACCUGAAGAGAUACUCCUGUCCUCAGGACGAGCCCAUCUCCCUACAACCUUUCCGCAUAGAGGACGAGUUAGAGGACAGUACAGUAACUGAGCACAGUCAUGCGCUCAGCUCCCAGUGGGACAGGUAUGAUGGAAGUCUCUCAUCCGAGAUUUGCUGGCAGCGGCAGGAGCAGUGCGGAUGCAUGCAAAGCGUCUCCGAGCUCGGAGAGGCAGAAGAAGAGGUUCAAAGAGAUCCACGAGCAAGUUCUGCAGCCCUCCCCGAGGAAGCACAGGUAGAUCCUCGCAAAUACUCCCACAGCAGCUCGGCCGAGCGAUUCCUGGAGCACUCCCACUCGUCUCUGGACCGGGUCUGUGGUCAAUUCACGGAGCUGGACUGCGGGCGCUCGUGCGACUACAAAGUGGGCUCUCCCUCCUAUCUGGAUAAGAUCACGUGGAGAGAGGGGAAACCGCAGCAUUACUCCGAACCUAAACUGAUAAUGGACCUGUCUAACUGGAGACAUCACAACAUGUCCACUACAAAGAGGAGCAGCAUGGAAAAGCUUGUUAAUGAACCAGGAGAUUUAUUCCAGGAGAUCUCACGGUGGGUGGAGAGCACUCAGUCGGGGCUUUACUCACCCGGUUCUCCUCCUGGGUCGCUCACCCCACCGUGCUCCCCUCCUCAACCCCUGUCGCCUACAAUGCUGCCUCAUUUCCAAAUGCAAAUCCAAGCACCUUCACUGCUGCCCACCCCUGAACAACUACAAGAGGAAAUCAGAAGGAGCCCCAUGCCUUUCUUCUCCACUCCUCCAUCCCUGCUGCCUUCCUCCCCUUCCUCUCCUCAUCCCGAUUAUCCAUUUUCCUCCAUUUGUUGCGAAAAGGACGAAGAGCCUUCACAGACGAGGACUUCAAGUGGGGAACAUUUUGACCUGGAUGUGUUUAUAUCUCAAGCCACGAGGCUGUGUGGUCAGAACGAAGUAUUAGAGGAGAACUUGGAUGCUCCCAAAGAUGGCCACAACAUUUCAGACCACAGACCUUCCAGAACACGAACUCCAACCCCUGAGAUGGUCGAUGCUCCAGGGUGUCAUAGAGAGCAUUGGUGGAAGACUGCAUAGACCUUUGAAUGAAUAUGUAUCUUUGAGGUGUUAAAAAUGAAUGUAAUUACAAAAAGACACAAAUUUUUAAAAACAUUUCUUAAAUGGCACUGAGAUUCUGUAUUGCAUCAGAAGUCUGCACCAAAUCCUUAUUUCUGAGGUACGGACCUCUAAAACGAGGAUCUUUUGAGAAAACAUCUGAGAUUUCUGAUAAAAUGUAUUUGCUACUAAAAGCCUUUUAUGAAAUGAAAUGUUUGUGCAACACCAGAGAGAAGGCUUUGUUUGGUAGUCGUUUCAUUCAUUCACUGUUUUGUAAUAAAAUUUAUUCUAUUUAACACAAA